UCUCCAGCCACAUACUGCUUUACGCACGCGCACACACGGGCGCGCGCCUGAUCAGACCCUGAAACGGACCCGUUAACGUUGUGAUCGCUGAGUUUGGUGUUAUGACCGAGAGCAGGCGCGCACACUGUGUUCCGGCGGUGAUGUGAGGUGGUGUAAGGUGAUAGCCGCUGUUACAGAGCACAGAUAAAGAUGGCGGAGGGGGAACUUUCCCCGGUUCUGCCACGGUACCGUUCUGGUUCCGACUCAGAGGGCGAACUGUGGCUCAGUCUCGCGCGCGCUAAAACACGGUCAUACGGCAGCACCGCCAGCGUGACGUCGACGCUCGGGGAAAGAUACAUCGAGCACCGGGUGAUGGACGGAGACACGCUGCAGGGCAUCGCGCUCAGAUACGGGGUCACGAUGGAGCAGGUCAAGCGAGUGAACAAGCUCUUCAGUAACGACUGUAUUUUCCUGCGUCACAGCCUGAACAUCCCGGUGCACACGGAGCGGCCGUCUCUGUUUAACGGACUGUCUCUGGAGUCCCCGGAUGGAGAGGCCUCUGCUGCUCAGGAGUCUCCUCAUUUGCCCGACACCUCACCCUCACCCACUCCUCCUCUUCCUCAGGUUCCCCCGGAGUCGCCCCCUCGCCCCCCCGAACCUGUCGAGCUCUCGGCUAAAGACUAUUUGCACAUGUUGGACUUGCAGAUCACUCGCUCAAAACAGGCCGCCAGGAAGCUGAAAGAAGACGAGACGAGGGAGGAUGAAGAUAAGAGACAGGAGGCAUCAUCAUAUCAAGAGAUAUGACACACGUCUGAUCACACUUAUCGACAGCUGAGACGAUGGUAUCCCUCCAUCUAUCCAUCCCUCCCUCCAUCCCUCUUCAUUUUAUUUUAAAUCUUGCUUUUAUCAGUCCAUGCAAAAUGGACUUGUCACCUUCACUGCCUUUCACUAAUUAUUAUUAUUAUUAUUAUUAUUAUUGUUGUUGUUGUUGUUGUUUACACUCAGCUGUCUGUGUGGCAUUAAAGGGAUUCAUGUAGCCAGAAUCAUUGCUACAGCUUUAAAACGAACCAAACUAUCAUUUUUUUUCAUAUACUUCAUUUUUAAAAGCUGCUGUACAGGAACCCAGAUACAAUCAACCAAUCAGAUCAUCAGAUCUCUUCAUAUCUGACGUGUGUUUUAGGUUGCUGUUCUCUCAGUAAGAAUAUAGGGACCUGUGUGUGUGUGUGUGUGUGUGUGUGUUUACAUUAGGCUGCUUGCUGUCUUUUAUUUUGGUUUUAUUGAAUCUGUACAGAACUCUUAUGCAGUGUGAAUGUGAAUUUAAACGAUGUUAUUGUGAGCUUUUGGAUUCAAUAAACGCCUCAGUAAAA